AUGUACAUCAAGUCGUUGGUCUUAGACGGCUUCAAAUCCUACUGUCAGCGAACUGAAAUCAACGGAUUUGAUCCCCAAUUCAAUGCUAUAACCGGAUUAAAUGGAUCUGGAAAGUCAAAUAUCUUGGAUGCAGUUUGUUUCCUCUUAGGUAUCACCAAUUUGUCCCAGGUUCGUGCCGCCAAUCUACAAGAGCUUGUGUACAAAAGUGGCCAGGCCGGGAUUACCAAAGCCACAGUGAGCGCGGUGUUUGACAAUUCGGACAAAUCACAGUCCCCGUACGGCUACGAACAGUUUGAUGAGUUGACAAUCACCAGACAGAUUGUAGUUGGUGGGAAGAAUAAAUAUCUCAUCAACGGAACCAAUGCAACCAAUACGCGUGUGCAUGACCUGUUUCAUUCAGUACAGCUGAAUGUGAACAAUCCGCAUUUUUUGAUUAUGCAAGGUCGUAUCACGAAAAUAUUGAACAUGAAACCACCAGAGGUUUUGUCACUGUUAGAAGAGGCGGCCAGCACCAAAUUGUACGAGCACAAGAAAGAAGUCGCUUUAAAAACGAUUGAGAAGAAAGAUAGUAAAUUGCGGGAAAUCGAUCGAGUACUACGUGAGGAUAUCAAUCCCACCAUUACCAAACUGCGAGAGGAGCGUAGUAGUUAUUUGGAAUACCAAAAGGUCGUCAGGGAAAUCACCUAUUUGGAAAAGUUCAUUAUCGCAUAUGACUUCACAUGUUUGGAGGAAGCGAAAAAUCGUACCAAGGGUGGUCUAGCCGCAUUGGAAAAAUCUUUGGUAGAUGAACAAUCCAAACUUGAACAACAUCAGGGCGCAGCCCUCGAACAGCUAGAAUCCACGAUGUCCGCUUGUCAGAAAACUGAAGCGGUUGCCAAAGGUGCGGCCAGUCGCACGGCAGAAAGCGUCCGCGGAGCAAAACAACGAGUGAAAAAUUUGGAGGCACAACGCGCUGAGGCGGAAGAACAGUUGGCCGCAAAACAUCAGGCGGCAGAACGUGCUGCUGGUGUGGAAUUUCAGGCUAUUCAAGCGGAUGCCGAAGAGGCCAAAUCAAAGUUAGAGGCGGCUCAGCGACGUUUACAGGCGGCUAAUUCUGGUUUGUCCAGUGGCGAAGAUGGCGUGGCUGCCAGUCUUGCCGAACAAGCUCGAAUGGCUGACGGGGAAAAGUGUUCUGCGCAAACGGAACUUCGUCAAUUGGAAAUGCGACAAAAACACUUGCGUGGUGAAUUGACCAAACAAGAAGCCGCGGUGGCCAAAGUGUUCGGCAGGCUGAGUGCAGACGGAGGAAAGUCGAAAGAGGAGAUUGAACAACAACGCCUUUCUGAGGAGAUUGAACGUCUGACUCAACGACUUUCUCGAGCUGAGUCUGAUGACAAAGCUGUGGGCAACGAGGGGACCAUAAGUGAACGUCAGUUAACCCUAGUCAAAGAAGCUCGGGAAGCACGUCAUCAGGCGAAUUCCGCUGCCACACAAUUUCCACACCUACAGUUUGAUUACACCCAACCGGAACCAAAUUUCGAUCGGCGUCGAGUCUACGGUCCAGUGGCCAAGCUGAUUCAGGUCAAAGAUUUGAAGUACGCAACCGCACUUGAAGUCGCCGCCGGUCCCAAGCUCCACAACAUUGUGGUUUCAUGCGACAGAACGGGUAAAUUGCUCCUUGAACGUGGUCAACUUCGACGUCGCGUAACCAUGUUACCGUUGAAUCAAAUCCGUGGUUCCGUCAUUCCGCCGGCUGUGGUUAAUCGGGCUGAGUCGGUUGUUGGUGCGACGAAUGUGGCCACUGCCUUGUCCCUGGUUACGUAUCCACCGGAAUUACAACCCGCUAUGGAGUAUGUGUUUGGCAAUGUUCUCGUCUGUCCCGAUUUGGAUACGGCCCGUAAAGUGGCAUUCCAUCCGGGUGUGGAACGUCGUACAGUUACACUUGAGGGAGACGUAUUUGAUCCGCAGGUACUGUGGAACAUUAUCCGNUCCGGUGGUAGUCGUGCACCCGCAGCAGACAGUUUGCUAGCCAGGUUAGCUCGUUGGCAUCAGCUAGAGAAUUUGGCCAUCAAAGCCGAAGAAGAGGUCACUCGAGGCGAGGCCAAUCUACAGGAGGCAAAAAAGCGUGCCCAGGACAUCGCCCAGCUUCGGGAAGCGCUUGAAACUGCACGGCAUAAGUUGGGCAUCCUCGAGGCUGNAGCUGAGACAAAACGAUCAGCAUCGUCUGCGUGCGGAUGAGCACGUCUGUGUAUCAUGCUUGUCAUUCACUCCUUUGUCUCCUUCACUUAUUUGUCGAAACGAACAACAGGUCAAGUGGAAGGAGCCUUGAAGGAAGCACAAGCUCGUCUUAAACGAGCCUGUCAACGAGCAGAUCAGGCACACGCGAAGAUGGAGAACGCGGCAGCCGAACGGCAACGGGAACAGCGUGAGGCGGAGGCCGCGCUGAGUCAAGCGAAGAAACAGGUAGAAGCCACAGCCGCAGCUCUGCGUGAGAAGACCGCUGUGAAGGAAACGUUGCGUUUGGAAGCAGAGGAUUUGGCUAAAGAGUUGAAUACGCUUACGAUCACACUUCAAGAGGCGAAUAAAGCGUUGGAAGAGGCGACUGCUGAGGCCGAUCGAUGCGCACAAGAAUCGAAAGCGGCAACUGCUGCUUUGAAGGAGGCUCGCGAGGCAGUCAAUCGACAACGGGCCUUGAUCGACGAAAUGGUGAAAGCACUGGCAGCCGCUGAGAAACAGGGUAAUCAUUUGGUCCAAUCGGUUCAUCAGACCACCGCUCAAAUUGAAAAAUUGAGUCACCAAUUGGAAGUGCAGACCAAAGAGAGUGAAGAAGCUGGAAAUAAGAUUGCUCGUUUGCUGGAAACACAUCCGUGGAUAGCGGAGGAACGUCAACACUUUGGUGUUGAGAACGGCGCGUACUGUUUCACCAGUCGUAAUCCGACGGAAGCACGUAACCGUAUUCAAGCUUUACGGGAACGUCGUGAUCGGCUUAGCAGAACCGUGAAUAUGCGUGCAAUGAAUAUGCUGGGAAAUGCGGAGGAACAAUACGCCGAGUUGGUCAAAAGACAGGAAAUUGUGUUGGCCGAUAAACGAAAAAUCCAAGCGGUCAUUGAUGAUCUGGACAAACGGAAACGCCAGGUAUUGAUGAGCGCGUACAAUAAAGUGAAUGAG